CGAGAACUGCCAAUGCUGCCUCAAUGGGGCUGAAAACACUUGCAAACAUAAGUGAAUUCCUGGCAUUCACAUGAUAGCAUCCACAUGGCACCAUAUUGCAGCUCACCUCCAAGAACGGCCCGAAAGCUAUUGUCCCAACCACUUUCUUAAGAUGAAUGCCCCCCUGCGAUCGAGUUCUAUGGCUAAUGCCAAUAAAUGCUACCUGUCCUCCCUUCCGGCCGAAAUAAUCACUCAUGUCUUCACCCUCCUCCCCGCGUUGGGGGAUGUUUUGAAUUUGGCAGCAGCCUGUUCACGACAUCAACAAAUCUGGCAGCAGAACGCCGAUCAGAUCCAUCGGCAUGCUGGCCCCAGGAGUAUCGAGUGUCUACACCAUGCACGGAUUUACCUGGCCGAUCAGGGUGGUGCACAACCAAACACGACACUGACGGCGCGAGAUGUUGUGCAAUUGGUACGCAACUCUUCCGCGGUCGAGAAAACUCUGGAUCUCUUCAACCAGAAAUAUGUGGCCUAUCUCCUGACCCCCGAGGCCGGAAGAGACAGAACCUUCAUCAAUUUGAGGCCCAAUCGACGCCCGCACCUAUCCCCAUCUGAGCGCCAUAGAUUUAUUCGGGCAAUUUAUCAGCUGUGGGGCCUGCUCAUCCUCACCCCCGAAGCCAGAGCGAGUCGAAUGGCAUCACUCAAACUCAAAAGUGUCAUGACGAUCAGUGAUGUAGCUAAUGGCUACAGGGAUAUCGAGGACGUGAUCAUGACCGUCAAGGCCGACGGGGUACUACUGUGGGACAUUGCCAACGAGCUAUAUGAGGUCAGGGACCAGAUCGUGGCACAGGUCCUCCAGCAUCCUAACCACACCAGGUCGAUGCCAUGGGAGUACGGAUGGGAAGGGUGCAUCUCCAUUUGGGACGUAUGGCAUGAGGGAUUCAAAGAACUGGUCACGGAACCAGGGGCCAGAAACAUUACUCCGCCAGUCUCCGAGGUUUGGUACGAUACGUCGGACGAGAAGUAAAUGUACUAGUUAGCUGUAUGUGAACAUGAUUGCGGGUUAUCGGACUUGAUUCUAUGGUAGCUAGCCAGGCAGCAGCGACACAUCAGCCAUCCUAUCGAUCAAUACCAGCCCUCGCAUACCCUUAAGUGAUUACUAG